GUUGUACAUGAGUACAGACCAUCUGACCAUCAUCAUCAUCAUCAUCAUCAUUAAAACUGCCUAUUAUCAAUAUGGGAAGACAGAAGGUGAUUCUGGACAAGAUGGCUCGGAUCUUUCAGGUUCGGAACAUGCUGAUGAGACAAGCACUGGCAGAAUGCCUGGGCACCCUCAUUCUAGUGAUGUUUGGAUGUGGCGCUCUUGCCCAGCUGAUUUUAAGCGGAGGCUCUCAUGGAAUGUUUCUGACGGUGAAUUUUGCAUUUGGAUUCGCCGCUACAUUGGGAAUCCUAGUUUGUGGGCAAGUCUCAGGAGGUCACAUAAACCCGACUGUGACCUUUUCUCUCUGCUUGUUGGGGAGGGAGCCCUGGAGGAAAUUUCCCGUUUACUUUCUGGCCCAGACUGUUGGGGCUUUUCUUGGAUCUGGGAUAAUAUUUGGCAUGUAUUUUGAUGCAAUUUGGAAAUUUGGACAAGGUUCUCUUGCUGUUGUUGGGGACAAUGCAACUGCUGGAAUCUUUGCUACGUACCCUUCUAAACACCUUACUUUGCUAAACGGAUUUUUUGAUCAGAUGAUCGGCACGGCAGCUCUGAUCGUGUGUAUCCUUGCCAUUGUUGACCCUUACAAUAACCCCAUCCCACAAGGACUGGAGGCCUUCACUGUGGGCUUUGUCGUUCUGGUGAUUGGUCAGUCUAUGGGAUUUAACUCCGGUUAUGCUGUAAACCCAGCCAGAGACUUAGGACCUCGGAUCUUCACCGCAAUUGCUGGAUGGGGCUCAGAAGUGUUCUCAGCAAACUCUUACUGGUCCUUUGUGCCGCUCUUUGCCCCAUUCAUUGGUGCGGUGUUUGGUGUGAUGGUGUAUCAGCUGAUGGUGGGAUGCCAUGUGAAAGGAGAAGAAAGAGAUAAAAGAGAAGCGGUGGAAAGAGAAGAAAAGGAAAGACUCAAACUAUCUGCCGUUUCUGAUAAAGAUGCAGCAUAAAUGUGGAUUGAAAUGGAGUUGUUUACCACAGUUCUGUUUAGCUUCUAAAUUGAAUUCAGCUUCAGGUAAUAUAGUUGCAUUAUCAUAAAAUUGGACUCGCAAGAUCCAAGGUAAAUUUUAACUUUCUGACAGCUACCGAACGACUGUGUCCUUGACAUAACGAUUAGACUCUGACUAAUUAUUUUAAGAUGAUGUCCAAAUGAUUUAAUUGCUUAACUAAAAUAUCAGUCUAAUUAUCCUUAUUAGAACUUCUGUGUUUAAUAGAAAAACAUACUAGUUACUCUUUUCAUUUUAUUAACCCUUAUGUACUGUUGAGGAUGUUUUUAUCCACUUUGGGGUGAUUUUCAGUCUUAAUAUAGCCAUACAUUUUUCUGUGUUUCAGUUAGCAGAAUGAUUUUUGGAGACAAAUCUUAUUUUGACACAUAUUUUGAGAAAUUUUUAAAGAACUCGACAAUAUGCUCUGGGCAAAUUUAUUCCCCUUUUGUUAUGUUCCACUAAAUUCUCCACUAAAUCCACUAAAUUAAACUGCUGUAAAAAUCCAUCAGAUAAAUAUUUUUUUCAAUUUGUUUUGCAUAAAUCUGUUAAUCAACCUCAGUCCUGAUCAAAAAUACUAAAUUGCUUAGAAAAUUAGAGGAUUUUAACUGUUUAAUUGCCAAAUUCAUAAAUUAUGUCACUGAUUUGGUGAAAAAAAAGAGACAUAUUUUCAAUAUUUUUUUACCUUUUAUCUAAGUCUUGGACAUGUGAAACGCCAUUGCUUUUGAUGCAUUGUUUUUGAUUGAUUUUAAUUUUUCUCCCUAAUUUACUGUUGUGGCUGUUUUUGCCCCAUUGACUUCCAUUAUAAGCACAUUUUUUGAUUGCAAAACCAAGACACCAUAUGAUCAAGAAUUUUGGAUAAAACUUAGAUAAAAUUUGUACUGUUGAUCAUCAGUUGGCACCAUUAACACUUUAGAUAGGCCUGUGCAAAAAAUGCUUAGUUUCUGGAUUUAUAUGGAGUAUAACAUCAAAUUAAAGUGUGUGUGUAUGUGUGUGAGAGUGACCUUUGUGCACUUAGCUUAAUGUGUCUGAGAAAAUCAAAUUAUGCAUUUCAGCUCUCAGAACUACAUGGAGUAAACAAAAACGAAGACUGUGUAUUUAUGCACCAUCAAAUGUGGUUAUAAUGGAUACAAUUGGGGCAAAAACAGCUACCAAUAAAUUAGGGAGAAAAAUGAAAAAUCUAACAAUGAAAGCCAAUGUUGUUACUAAUCUUUCACAUGUCCAAGACUGUGAAAAAAGAUUUUUAAAAAUCCAGUCCACAAUUACUUUUUAUUUUGGAAAUACGUCAUUUUGUGUGUUUUUUUUUUUCACCAAAUCAGUGAUAUAAUUUAUGAAUUUGACAACUAAAGAGUUAAAAUUCUGCAUUUCUCUAAGCAGUGCACAAGGGUUAAACAAAAUACACAAUCAUAGCCAAAUAAUUUUUUUAAAAAGUCAGUUGUUAUCAUAAGUUCAUUUACUGUAUCUCUAAUGCUUCUAUCUGCUGCAUAAUGAAUAAUUAUAAAUAAUCAGUAUGAUUAAUGAAAAUCUUCACCCUUAUGAAAUCUGCAUCAAAAACACUAAAUUACCUGUUUUACAAUAUUCCAGCUUAAUUAUCAGUGAAUAUUAAUGAGUGCUGUAAUUAUUCAGUGAGAUAUCUGUUGACAUUAUCAAGUUGCUUUUGAGAAUGUUUUUUUUUUUUUUUUUUUUUUUUUGCAAGUGUAUGUUUUGAUGUAUUAAUCAUCUGUUUUUGUUCUGAGAGUUGACAGUUUACACUGUCUGAUAUGCAUAUUAAAUAUUGUGCUCAUUUUUGUUGUACUCUUUAAAAUAAACUGCAUUUUGGUCAAAUA